AUGUCUGUAAGAUCCUCCUUUCAAGUUAUGCGUCAAAUAGCUGGUGGUUCAAAGAACCUUGGAUAUUGCUUCCAAGAUUUAAAGAACUUUCUCACCACUGUUCGACAAAAGGAAAUGGUCAUUGGUGAUGCAACUAGUAUCCAAGAAUAUGUUAGAAACGAAGCUUUGAGGAACCCAUCAUUUUAUUAUGAUAUCCAAGUAGAUUCUGAAGAGAACAUAGCUAGUAUUUUCUGGUCAGAUGCAAUCAUGCAGCAAGACUAUGAAUUAUUUGGUGAUCUCAUCAGUUUCGACACAACUUAUCGAACAAAUACGGAGUAUCGCCCAUUAGCUCCAUUCCUUGGAUUUGACAACCACCGUAAGAGUGUAUUAUUUGGUUGUGCCCUGCUCUACGAUGAGACUUCAGCAAGUUUUGAUUGGUUGUUUACCACUUUCCUGAAGUGCAUGAAAAAUAAGAAACCCAUUACAAUUUUUAUAGACCAAGCUUCUGCUUUAAUGAAGUCAAUUCCAAACAUCUUUCUCGAUGUCUUCCAUGGGUUGUGUUCUUGGCACAUGGGGGAGAAUGCAAAGUCCAACUUAGGCUCUCGUUGCAAUGGUGCAUUUCUUGACGAACUACAUCACUUGGUUUCGAAUGUUGAUGAUGAGGCAGAGUUUGACUUCAAUUGGAAUAAGAUGCUUCAAAAUUGUUUUGGUGGUAAAGCCACUUCUGAAUUUACUUGGCUUGUCCAGAUUCAUCGUAAUCGUACUCAAUGGUCUUCUGCUUGGGUGAAAUCACACUUCACUGCCGGUUUGAAGACCACACAGUUAAGCGAGUCGUUCAAUGCCUUUCUUCGCCACUUUCUUCAGCCAAACCACUCACUUGUGCAAUUAUUUAUCCAUUUCAAUGUUAUGGUUGAGAAAAUGCGAGAUAAUCAUGAUGAUUGUGAUUUCAAGGCUGCCAAUACUAGGCCAAGAAACAAUUAUCCCAACAGCCAACUCAUGAGGUCUGUUGUCGCCAAGUAUACUGCAACAUCGUUUGCAUUCAUUCACAAGCAAUAUGAUCUUUCUUUCAAAUAUUAUUAUGAGGAGGACACGUCAAGAAGUUCAAUUUCUAAUAGAGUUUUCAAAGUGUUCACAAUUCAACUUGUUCGUGAUGCCGAUGAGAUGGAUUUUGAUAAUGAUGCCGCUGCGAAUGUUUAUAUGUCGGUUGAAGAAGUUCCAGAAAACCUUCUUCCUAAUGAUUAA